AUCUUUUGUUUAUAUAGAUUAUUACGACUACCGGUUGAAUUUCUUAGUUCUCUAGUGAAACAAAAUGGGGUUUCUGUUUGACAUCCUUUCUUGUAGUCCUUUUCCUCUUGGUGUUUACAUCUUGAAAUAAAGUUAGUAUCAGUUCAGAGGUCAGAUAAGUGAGCGGCAAUAUGGCACAUUUGCUUUCAACGUGUUUCUAUUCAAACCUUUCAAGUGCUGCCACGUCUUGCUCUAAACCAUCAACUCGAUGUUCAGUAAUCUAUCCUACUUCUCUUACACUUAGAAUUUCUCAAUCUCCAAUAAAAAAACUCAUAUCACAUAGAGAAAGCCCACCGAGAGGAAGAUCUACCAGGCGUAGUAAUAAUAUUAUUACAGCAGCACUCCCUGUAAGCCAAGAAGCCAGUACACAACCAAGCAACGGUUCCCACCUUACCUCCAAAGAUUCCUUGAAGCGAAAGAGGGUGAUGAUUAUUGGUGGUGAUGGUUAUUGUGGGUGGGCUACUGCCCUCCAUCUGUCCAAAAUGGGUUACGAAGUCGCAAUUGUUGACAACCUUGUCCGUCGCCUUUUUGACCAUCAACUUGGCCUUGCCUCCCUUACCCCCAUUGCAUCCAUUCAUGACCGCAUCCGUUGUUGGAAGUCUCUCACAGGUAAAGAUAUUGAGCUGUACAUUGGCGACAUAUGUGAUUUUGAAUUCCUAACCGAGACCUUCAAAUCAUUUGAGCCUGAUACUGUUGUUCACUUUGGUGAACAACGAUCUGCCCCAUACUCCAUGAUUGAUCGUUCUAGAGCCGUGUUCACUCAGCAUAACAAUGUGAUUGGAACCCUCAAUGUUCUGUUUGCUAUCAAGGAAUUUAGAGAGGACUGUCAUUUGGUGAAGCUUGGAACUAUGGGGGAGUAUGGAACUCCUAACAUUGAUAUCGAGGAGGGAUACAUAACUAUUACACACAACGGAAGAACAGAUACUUUGCCUUAUCCUAAGCAAGGAAGCUCAUUCUACCACUUAAGUAAGGUCCAUGAUUCAAAUAAUAUAGCAUUUACUUGUAAAGCCUGGGGGAUCAGAGCAACUGAUUUGAACCAGGGUGUUGUUUAUGGGGUGAGGACUGAUGAAACUGAGAUGCACGAAGUUCUCUGCAACAGAUUAGAUUAUGACGCAGUAUUUGGAACGGCAUUGAAUAGGUUUUGUGUUCAGGCUGCUGUCGGUCACCCGCUUACCGUGUAUGGAAAAGGAGGCCAGACACGUGGUUAUCUUGAUAUAAGGGACACAGUGCAGUGUGUCGAACUUGCGAUAGCAAACCCUGCGGAACCAGGUGAGUUCAGGGUUUUCAACCAGUUCACUGAGCAGUUCUCUGUCAACGACCUUGCUGCUCUCGUAACAAAAGCAGGGGAGAAGAUUGGGUUGGAUGUUUCUACCUUAUCAGUGCCAAACCCUCGUGUGGAAGCUGAAGAACAUUACUACAAUGCCAAGCAUACUAAGCUCGUCGAGCUAGGGCUCAAACCACACAUCCUUUCUGACUCUCUUCUUGAUUCAUUGCUCAAUUUUGCUGUCCAAUACAAGGACCGUGUUGACAGAAAACAGAUUAUGCCCAGUGUUUCUUGGAAAAAAAUAGGAGCUAAACCGAAGACAGUUGCAGCUUAAUCAUUUAUGGGAUCUGGUAUUUGAUAUUUGCAAUAUAGAAGACAAAAGAGGAAAGAAUCACAAUGGUUAGUUUCAUUGGAACCCAGUUGCUCAAAUUUAGAGGGUGCUAAUGCAGUGUCGAAUCUAGGAUAGCUACAUCAGCAUUGUAAAAUUAUGAACUGAAAAUUUCUAGUAUCUUCAUCUAUGGUCUACCAAAAUUUUCACCAAGUCUGCUGAUAAGAUUGUCGAGGGUAUUAUAUAAUUAGUCUGUUUCUCUUCUUCUCCUUGUAUCCAUUUUUCUCUCUUUCUUCAUCUUCCAUCUUGUUUCAUUUAUCGGAUAGUGAAAAUGUUGAGAGAAAGCAUUUCGUAGAUUUAGAUAUGUAUUCGAUGUUGCAAGAUUUUGGUACAAAAAAUAUGAUUCAUUUAUUUAUUUUA